UCUGAGGUAGUGUGAGCUGGCGAUGUUCUCCAGGGGGAGCAGAGGGCGACUGAUGAUCUUUCCAGCUGUCCCGUCGUCCUCUGCGGGACCUUCUUGUCCGAAGCCGAGCUAGCAGCAAACCAAACACUCACACAGUCCAUCAGCACUGGUUCAGUGAUGGCUAAUCUGAAACAUUGUAAUAUCAUAGGGUUUUUUUCCAGCCUAGAGUGUGAAACAGGGAUAGAAAAAGACAGUGAGACAAAGAGAGAAAGAAAGCGAGCGUGCGUUACUACCAUUGUUCUGAAACGACAAUGGUUUCCCUUAUCUGUAGCGUUUGAGGCCUCCCAGCACCAUCUGCCUACAGAAGGUUCUUUGAUUGCCUUUUAAAGCUUUGGCGAUGAGUCGUCGGGGUUUAAGAGCAGACUCGACUCAGUUCACAUUGGAAGGAAAGCCUUUUCGGAUCCUGGGAGGCUCUGUGCAUUAUUUCCGUGUCCCAAGACCCUACUGGAGGGACCGUCUGCUGCAGAUGAAGGCCUGUGGCCUCAACACUCUUACAACAUAUGUACCAUGGAACCUGCAUGAACCUGAGAGAGGAACCUUUCAUUUUCAUGAUCAGCUUGACCUAAAGUCUUACAUCCGUUUGGCAGCAGAGAUGGGACUGUGGGUCAUCUUGCGCCCUGGGCCUUACAUCUGUGCUGAAUGGGACUUAGGAGGCUUACCGAGCUGGUUGUUACAGGACAAAGACAUGCAGUUGAGGACAACAUAUCCUGGCUUUGUAAAUGCAGUCAACCUGUACUUUGACAAGCUCAUCCCUACCGUCAAACCUCUGAUGUUUGAAGAAGGAGGCCCGAUCAUUGCUGUACAAGUCGAGAACGAGUAUGGAUCCUACGCUAAAGAUGAGGAAUAUAUGCCUUUUAUUAGGAAUUGUCUUCAGUCCAGAGGAGUCAAUGAGCUUCUUAUGACUUCCGACAACUGGGAGGGCCUAAAAUAUGGAGGGGUGGCAGGAGGUAAACAAGUGACUCCAGACAACAUCUUACAUUUUAUUCUAAGCCCUCUUCUGAUGUUUGAGAUUCUGAUAUUUUCAGCUCUAAAAACGAUCAAUUUCCAGCGGCUGUCAGUUGGAGCUAUCCAACACUUGGCUGACAUGCAGCCACAGAAACCUCUCUUGGUGAUGGAGUACUGGUCUGGGUGGUUUGACGUCUGGGGAGAGCAUCAUCAUGUAUUCCAUGCAGAAGAUAUGCUCGCCGUGGUAUCUGAGCUCCUGUCCAGAGGCGUUUCCAUUAACCUGUACAUGUUCCACGGCGGAACAAACUUUGGGUUCAUGAAUGGAGCCUUGGAUUUUGGCACCUACAAACCUCAAGUCACAAGUUAUGAUUACGAUGCUCCCCUUUCUGAAGCUGGAGACUGCACCAUGAAAUGCCAACUACUGCGGAAUUUAUUCAGCCAGUAUCACUCUGAGCCUCUCCCUCAAGUGCCCUCCCCUCAAGAGAGAAGAGCCUAUGAACCUGUUGUAAUGCAGCAGCACCUAUCCCUGUGGGACAGCUUGCACUUCACAGACAAGCCACACAGGUCAGAGAAGGCGCUGAACAUGGAAAAUCUACCAGUCAACAACAACAAUGGGCAGUCAUAUGGCUAUACUCUUUAUGAAACCACCGUCACCAGUGGAGGAGCCCUGAACUCCAUGAACAACAUCAGAGACCGAGCAUUGGUUUUUGUGGAGAGAGAAUAUGUUGGAUGUUUGGACUACAAGACUCAGAAGGUCACUCUCCCUGAAGCCAAGGGAGAACGGAUGUUAAGCUUUCUUGUGGAGAACUGCGGUCGGGUGAAUUAUGGCAAAGCUCUCAACGACCAACGCAAAGGUAUCGUGGGAGACAUUGUUUUGAAUCACUCCCCCCUGAGAGGGUUCAACAUCUUCUGUUUAGAUAUGAAGCCACGUUUCAUAAAUAGAUUAACGCACACAGCUCAGUGGAAGACUGACUUCAGAUCACUUGCUGUCCCAGGAUUUCUUCAAGCCAGGCUCAAUGUGGACGGCUCACCAAGAGACACCUUCAUCCAAAUGACUGGUUGGGGUAAAGGUGUUGUAUUCGUUAAUGGACAGAAUCUCGGCCGUUACUGGUUUAUUGGUCCUCAACGUUUCCUUUACCUCCCUGGACACUGGCUCAGGAGCGGAGAGAAUCAGAUUAUUCUUUUCGAGGAGCAAAGAACCAAUGGGGAAGUAGUUUUUACUGAGAAUGCAGAUCAUGGAAAGACUAUCGAUGUUUAUAAACUGCCCUUCUGCACACUGCUGUAAAAAUGUGUUCAAACCACACAGCUUUAAGCUGUUUGUGUGCACAUGUAACAUUCGGUGGACUUUUUUUUUGCUCUUCUAAUUUGCCCAAUUGUUUUAGGAAUUAACUUUUAAAUGUUGCAAAAUCACAACUUCUUUCAAAAUAAUGAGAUAUUCUAAUUUUUGUUAGUUAGUUAGUUAGUUAGUUAGUUAGUUAGUUAGUUAGUUAGUUAGUUAGUUAGUUAGUUAGUUAGUUAGUUAGAUAAAGUUACAGGCGUUGCUAGACACCUCAGCUUCCUGUUGGACGAAGCGCCUGUCAUCUAAAUAUGGACCGUGGAUGACCACAGCGGAAAACCUGAACAUCCUUUCACAAUAAACAAAUAAAAGUUGAAAAACUGUU